CCUUGCUUUUUUUUCCACAGUCUUCCUGCAAGUAACUGAUCCCUGGAGGAGCUCAAAUCAUGAAAGAUAAAUAGUAAUGAAAAGGAAAAUGAAAGCAUUUACACACAAAUCUCCAAGAAGAAGGAAAAGCAACAGGGAAAACAAAGAAACAGAGAAAGAACCCAUGAGAAAAUUAAUGAGCUAACGAUUAUAGUGAAAAUUAUUUCCCUAAAAUUAAAAAGGUGGAUGGUCAAGAUCUAGGUGGAAGUAGUAAUUAUUUUUCCCAUUUUUAUUAUUAUUUUGUGAUAUAGUUAGAUAUGCUCUGGGAUUUCCCAUACCCCCUUCUCACAUGCCCUCCCCCCACUGAUUUCGCUGUAUUAUUACAAUACUAUAGUUCUUCACAAAGAGUAUAUGCUGAGUCAUAACCUGGAAGAGCUCAGGAGAGAACAGAAAGUGAAGGAUAUGAUGACAGGUUUUUGAAAGUUGAACAGAGUGAAUUGGGAAUGAAAGGAGAUAAUUGUGUUUUUGGAAAUCAAGAAUUCAGUGUUGCAACAAAAAAAAUUCAAAUAUGUGAUUUUAAGAAAACAUUCCUCAAAAAAGAAAACUUUUCACAAAGAAAAAAAAUCUUUAUUCUACAGAUUAACAGGACAUGCAAAGAUCAAAGAGAACCUGAUACAGCAGUAUAUCUGUCACCAUCCUUACAUAACCUGGUUUAACAAAAACUGAAUUUCAAAGACAAUGGUGUAAAUCCUGUAUGUCAUCAUGGGAGAUAAAAUGUGACCUCAAAACCCACUUGUCAACUAGCAACUAACUGAAUGGUGCCAGAACUCAAGAGAACAGGAAUAUCUUCCCCUCCACAAAGAUGAAAACAACUGGAUUGCUUUCGAAAUUCAACCAAGUGCACCACACACACUGAUGAGUAGAAUCAAUAAGAACGUGAUCUUGGCCCUUUUGACUUUGGCAAGUUCUGCCUUCCUGCUGUUUCAGUUGUACUACUACAAACACUAUUUGUCGACAAAGAAUGGAGCUGGUUUAUCAAAGUCCAAAGGAAGCAAAACUGGAUUUGAUAGCUCCCAAUGGCGUGCUGUUAAAAAAUUUGUUAAGUUAACAUCCAGUCAAAAUGUCCCGGUUUUCCUUAUUGACCCUUUCAUUCUGGAAUUGAUUACUAAAAACAUUGAACAUGUGAAAAAUUCCUCCCACGGCUCCACUUCAGAAUGCAAGUUUUUCUGUGUUCCCAGAGACUUCACUGCGUUUGCACUGCAGUAUCACCUAUGGAAGAAUGAGGAAGGCUGGUUCCAGGUAGCUGAGAGUAUGGGCUUCCAGUGCCUUAAGAUUGAGAGCAAAGAUCCUCGGCUAGAUGGAAUUGACUCACUCUCUGGAACCGAAAUCCCCCUGCACUACAUCUGCAAAUGGGCCGCACAUGCCAUCCAGCUGGUGGUCCUUCACGAGAGAAGUGGCAACUACCUCUGGCAUGGCCAUCUGCGACUGAAAGGACACGUUGACAGGAAAUUUGUUCCUUUUCGAAAGUUACAGUUUGGUCGUUAUCCUGGAGCUUUUGACAGACCAGAGUUACAGCAAGUUACUGUUGAUGGACUGGAAGUUCUCAUUCCAAAAGAUCCAGUGCGCUUUCUAGAAGAAAUACCACACUCUCGGUUCAUCGAGUGUAGGUAUCAGGAAGCUCGAGCUUUCUUUCAGCAAUACCUUGAUGAGAACACUGUGGAAGCUAUGACCUUUAGGAAGAAUGCAAAAGACUUAAUACAACUAGCAGCCAGGACACUGAAGAACUUAGGAGUACAGUUCUGGCUGAGCAGUGGAACUUGUCUAGGAUGGUAUCGGCAAUGCGACAUUAUUCCUUAUAGUAAAGAUGUUGACCUAGGGAUUUUUAUACAAGAUUAUAAAUCUGAUAUUAUUUUAGCUUUCCGGGAUGCAGGACUUCCACUCAAACACAAGUUUGGGAAGGUAGAAGACAGCUUGGAACUAUCCUUCCAAGGAAAAGAGGAUAUAAAACUUGACAUUUUUUUCUUCUAUGAAGAGAACGAUCAUGUAUGGAAUGGAGGCACCCAGGCCAAAACGGGGAAAAAAUUUAAGUACCUGUUUCCCAAGUUCACACUCUGCUGGACUGAGUUUGCAGAUAUGAAAGUUCGCGUGCCCUGUGAAACCAUUGAAUACAUCGAAGCCAACUAUGGUAAGACCUGGAAGAUUCCGGUAAAGACUUGGGAUUGGAAGAACUCUCCACCCAAUGUACAGCCUAAUGGAAUCUGGCCUAUUUCCGAGUGGGAUGAGGUCAUCCAGUUAUACUGAGAUACUAAGAAUUCCCAUCUUGAAAUACAGGUGUAUAACUGUUUAGAAAUAUUUGUCAAACAUAAGUUGGAGCCAAAGCAAAAAUUACAUUUGAAGACACAGAGAAUCCUCACUCCCGAGCCAUUUGAUUUAAUGCUUGCAUUCAGUGGUUGGUCAGGAGGUGCCUGGCAAGAUAAUGCUAGGUUACGGUUGAGAAGCCAGUGUGAGAAAACAAAUGCCUGCCUCUUUUUCCCUCUUUGUGAUAAGACUUGCAGUUUUCCUUUGAGGGAAAUAUCCCUGCCCUUUGAAGUACUCGAGUAGAACAUGCUGUGUUCCUUCCAGAGUUUUACACGUGUUAAGUCAUGCUUGUGCUGAAGAUGGGCUCAACCAGGCUAAAUGUCAAAAAGAAGAGCUUGUUCCUGUUUGGAGCAGGCGCACUUGUAUGUUAGUGCUACUUUUAAGAUUUUUAGAGACUGGAUUAAUAUUCAGAUGAUUGGGUAUUUGGCAAUGUUCAGAAAAGUUGGUAACAGGUUCAUUAUACAAGCAAUUGCAGGUGGAAGUUGAUUUAGAAUCCAGAGCAUUAUUCUGCAAUGGAAGAUGAGCGCUUAUUUCUGGCCUGGUCAAGAUAAGUAAAAUUCCAUAUUCUUACUCCUUUCAUAUUCAGAGUCAGAGAAAAGUUUUGUUUGUGUGAUGUGGAAGUUUCCAGCUGCAUGAGAAAGUAUUUCCUCUGACUUCUGAUAGCACUUCCUAAAAAAGUAUUCAAAUGGAACCACUAGGUAUGAUUUGGAAAGAGUGAUGACUUCAUAAAACGUGUAUUCUUUAUUUUAUUCUUGCUACUCUGAAUUUUAUAAACCAUGUACUCAUAAUUUUGAUUUUAACACUAAUAGAAAUACCCCUCGUUUAUCUGAGUGUCUUCUUCAUUGUGUUUAUCAGUCACAACUCUGAAUCUUUAAUUUAUGACCCAUAUGGUAUGUAUACUGCCUGUUCCUUGUUUUUUUCAAGUACUACAACAAGGUCCCCAGAAUGAAGGUCAAUGCUUACCUGGUUUUUACUCCCCAUCCUAAAUCAUGAUGUAUGUGUCCCUCUCUGGUUGUUUAAUCUGUUGACUAUUUUCCACGUUAUCAAGCACUAACAGUGGAACCCUGCAGUUGUCCGUACAUUUCUGAGUGGUUGGAGGUGGCCCUCUUCUCCCUGCUCUUCACUACUUCCUUGAAUGAAGGAGGAAAGGGGAAAGGCAAGCACAGUAAGCCCUGCUUCAUCUGGGAAAGGAAUUUGGGUCUUACAUCUUAGCUCUUCUACUUAGGACUACUCUAAAAUCAGAGAAUGGCAGCAGUCUCAGAAACGGAAAUUAAAAUGUCUUAGGAAAAAGGCUGACAGAGUUUCUUGCAAACAAAGUUAGGGAAAGUAAUUUACAACCACCUUUCCCUCAUAAUGUUAAAAAUAA